UGAGAAUAUAAGGCAUACUCUCACUCAAGUAACCAUUCUAGUAGUGUGCGUGUCUAGAUUUCCUAAAUUUAUUUUAUGUUAUUUUGUAUAUGGCUCUUUUCAAUCCACUUUCCGUGAACAACCAUCUUCUAUCCUUCGUUUUCUUUUUGUUUUCCUUGUGCUAUUUGAAGGAGGCUCAUGUUUAUGGAGCAAGAGGAGUCGAUAAGCCCUACCAUGAGGUUCCUGUCAAGUCUCUUGAGCCAAAUCCAAAUUGCACUCAAUCCACCACCAGUUCUACAUUAAGAUCAAAAAAGCUUCAAGUGACUUAUAGAUAUGGACCCUGCUCACCAAUAGGCCAUGGGAGGAAAGGUCCAAAUUUAGCAAAAAUUUUCUCGCAGGAUAAAAGCAGAGUCGACUCGAUUAAUGGGAAAACCUCUAAUCUUUAUCAUACCCAAGACUCCAGACUUAUGGUCCCUGUCCACAACUCCACCGGAUCUAGCACGUACGUUGUCACCGUUGGAUUUGGCACCCCAAAGCACAAUUACACGCUCAUCUUUGACACUGGCAGCGACACCACUUGGAUGCAAUGCAAACCAUGCCCCAAACCCAAUUGCUACAAACAAGACGAGCAAAUGUUUGAUCCAUCUCAAUCCACUAGUUAUCACAAUGGUUCAUGCAAAUCCAACCAUGGCAGCACUUAUGACGCGAAAUAUGGUGAUGGAUCAUAUUCCAAAGGAUUUCUUGGUUGUGACACACUUACCCUUGACUCUGAUGUGAUCAGCAACUUUGUAUUUGGUUGUGGCAGAGAAAACAGUGAUGGAUUCGGUGCCGCAGCUGGGAUACUUGGCCUUGGACGAGGAGAGCUUUCAUUGAUAUCACAAACGGCCUCGAAAUUUGGGAAAUCGUUUGGUUACUGUCUCCCAACCCCACAAAACCCCAACAGCGGAUACUUAUUGUUUGGGAAACAUGCAAAAUCUUCAUCAUCCUCUCUAAAAUUCACGCCCCUACAAAAUCCUGCAAAGUAUCCUUCCUUCUAUUUUGUCAAACUUGUUGAUAUAACUGUAGGGACAAAGAGGUUGAACAUGUCUCCAUUGCUGUCUUCCUCACCUGGAACUGUUGUAGAUUCUGGCACUAUCAUCACUCGGUUGCCUCAACCCGUAUAUGUUGCACUGAGGUCUGCAUUUCAAAAAUCAAUGUCAAAGUAUCCGUUGGCUCCACGAGUGGAAAUAUUGGACACAUGCUAUGACUUGAGUCAGUAUCAGAAAGUGACAUACCCAAAUAUUUUGUUCCAUUUUGAAGGAGGGACUGAUGUGAGUUUGGAUCAAUCUGGAAUUAUGUCAGGAAACAAAUCAAGUUUUUGCUUGGCAUUUGCUGCAAAAGAUAUGACUAGCGACUUUACCAUUAUAGGGAGUACCCAACAACAAGCACUCAAUGUUUUUUAUGACCUUAAAGGAGGGAAGAUAGGAUUUGGGACAAAAGGUUGUCACAAUUGAGAAGAGAGGGCAUGGAUAUUGCCUUUUCAUGCAAUGUUUAGAAACUUUUUUGAGUGUUUUAAGUGCAAAAACUAUGGUUUGAACCUUCUUAGCAAUAACUUCAAGUUACAUUUGUAUCGAAAUUUCAAUUUUAUGUAUUGUGCCUAUGGUUCUAGUGAACUUUUUAAUGUAUUUCAAGUUAUAAUGCUUGUAUUUGUAGGUUAUAAAAUAAGGUUCUGGUUUUAUUGGCAUUGUUGUACCCAAUUCUGGCUUAUAUGAGUGUCUCUGUGCAUGUGUUUGAAGCAUAGUAAGAAUUUUAGUA